AUGGCAUCUCUUCUCGAAGUUGUGACCACAGCGGGUUGCCUCUUUUGCCUGGCUGCCAGCCGCAACUGCAGCACUGCCGGAUCGCUGCUGCUUCAAGGUCGGACACUCCGCUCAGCUUCGUGGGCGAAUGACUCGACUCGCAUGCCGCCGAAUGAGAACUGCUGUGGGAAUAAUGCCGUGUGCAAUCAAUUGUUCGACGUGCCGUUUGAGUACGAACAAGUUGGAAGCGUUUUACGCAUGAAGUGCCCCAACCGUGGAAGUGAUUGUGCGUUCGACAAUUGUGUUGGUGGUACUGGCGUGGACUGCUCUGGCGUGCCUUACGAUCUCGACUUUGGUGUCAUCGGCACGCUGUCGGUCAACCUUGUGGCUCCAAUAGAUAAUGGCGAUGGAACCGUCACGCUGAAGACAAGCGUUGGAUCGAUCCUCCACGAUCUCUGCUGUAUGGAGCAUCAGUCUGGUGCUUUCUGCCACGGCAGCAACUACCCUAUCGGAGCGACCAUCAAUGCCCUUGGCAACACGAACAAUGACUGCGCAUGUCUCAUGGAGUGGCGAAAAGCUGCUUGGAAUGUGCUGCGAGGCCGGUACUGGUUGGCCAAAUUUACGAAGGCUGCACAAAGCCAAGAUAUGACUCCCGUCCCGUCUUUGCAGCGCAAGUCUUACCUGCCCAAAGGCUCCGGCACCAACUACGAGAGCUACAAAAGCACAUGGGGCCUGACUGAAAGGAAAGCCACCUCUGUCCUGUGCGCGCCAGAGGGCACGAGACUGGAUUGUCCUUCCGAGGACGACAACUGCAAGGUGCCUUGUGUCGGAACAUACUGCAAGGCUUGUGCCGUUGGAUGUGCGUCUCGGCAUCGAAAGCGGUGGAUGAAGAACGGCCGCGAUCAUCCGAAUGCUGGCGACUCUGAUUACUGCUGCAGCGGACAGUUCAAGGAGGUUUACUGGUCACUCGCCAACACCCGGUAUGGGACCUGCAGGAAGGAAAUGGCGCGUCUCGCAUCGAGCUCAGCUAUUGCUAAGCUUGUCAACAGUGCAGCUGCAGAACUGGAGGUUCGAGAGCGGUUGCUGAGCUUCUUCGAUGGCGCGGAAAAUGCGGCGGAGAAUCCCGACCCGCUCCUGGACGUUGUGCACCUAGCCCUUGUGGUGCACCAGUACCCGGAAGAGGCCGCAUGGUUCAUCAAGGUGGUGAUGUUUUUCGGCAGCAUCUCGGGCGUUGUUAUCUCUAUCCCCUGUGGACUCUUCCUGACCAUGUGUACUGGGGGCCUUGCGGCCUCUGCAACCGCGCCAGUUCGGCUCGUCUUCUUCCUCCGCCUUUGUCACAUCCAGCGCCUGAAUGGCAACAUCCAGGUGGUGUCCAUCGUCACCUAUGGUUGGUUCAUUCUGGGCGUGGCUGGUCUGGCUGCUGAACUCCACGUACUGCAAGCCUUGCCCUGGCUGUCUCUGGCAGUGAUCUUCGCAGCUGUGGCCAGGCUGCUUAUGACACUGAUUGUCUUCUACCACUCUUUCCCGCCGCGCUUCCAGAACCAACCGCCCCCGAAGCCACGAGGUGCCUCCCAGGAGCUCAUCGACUCGAUGCCCUUGGUUGUGCCAGGGGCUCGCGUGCGGGACGGCUCGCGGUGUUUGAGUGAGUUCGACAGAGAUGCCGUGUUGCGGCGUCUGCCCUGCGGCCACAGCUUUCACAGGGGCUGCAUCGACAAGUGGCUGAAAAGAAACAAGGUUUGCCCUCUAUGCCUCCAAGACAUCGAGGUCCCACAGUCGCCGAAGGGCCGCUGGGGAAAGGAAAAGGCCAACUGA